CAGCGUGAGCGUAGCACUACGAUUAUUUCAUUAUUCAUGAGCUCUAUACAGCUGCUAAUGCUUUAGUAUGAACACACUGCACAGUGUGUCAGAAAUAUAAGAUGCGAAACGCUGAAACUAACGUUAAUCGUUCAGGUCUAGUAUAGACUUCAACUACGGUAAGCUGAUGAGGAUCUGCUCAAGCACAUGAACGAAGAUCUUUGAUGCUGGACUGCAUGAGAGCUACAAUUCUGUGGAAAAGUAUCCAGAGAUGAACAUCUAAAUAUAUCCAGAAUAUUUUAAGAUGUUAUGCUAUUCCAAAGGAGGAUUUACUUGUCUCACAAACGUGUUAAAAUGAUUAAUGUGCAUUGCAAGAAAACUGUCCAUCCACAGACAGACGAAGAGAGGACACCAUAGAGGCGUGUUUGACACUAGAAUAUUUAUAUUUAUAAGGCACAUCUAGAGGCCAAUAUGUUUUCCGCUCUAAAGAAGCUGGUUGGCUCUGAGCCAGCUGGUCAGGUAAAGGACAAGAACAUCCCUGCCGGCCUACAGUCCAUGAACCAGAGUCUGCAGAGACGAUUCGCCAAAGGAGUUCAGUACAACAUGAAAAUAGUCAUCAGAGGAGAUAGAAACACAGGAAAGAGCACCCUGUGGCAUCGGCUCCAGGGUAAAAAGUUUCAGGAAGAAUACAUCCCCACUCAGGAGAUCCAGGCCACUAGUAUCCACUGGAAUUACAAAACUACUGAUGAUGUGGUGAAGGUGGAGGUGUGGGACGUGGUAGAUAAAGGCCAAAAAAUCCCCAUUCCUGAAGGUGUAGGCAAGGGGAAAAAGAGGGGUGAAACUUUGAAGUUGGAGAAUGAACCUCAAGAGCAGACCGAGAGUGAAAUGGCUUUGGACGCUGAGUUUCUCGACGUGUAUAAGAACUGCAAUGGUGUGAUCCUGAUGUUUGACAUCACCAAACAGUGGACUUACAAUUAUAUUCUGCGGGAGCUACCUAAGGUGCCCACUCACGUGCCGGUUUGUGUUCUUGGUAAUUAUCGUGACAUGGGAGAACACAGAGUCGUGUUGCCUGAUGAUAUCCGUGACUUCAUUGCUGGCCUUAACAGGCCCCUUGGCUCCUCCUACAUCCAUUAUGCAGAAUCUUCCAUGAAGAACGGCUUUGGUUUGAAAUAUUUGCACCGAUUUUUCAACAUUCCAUUCUUACAACUUCAGCGAGAGACCCUGUUACGACAACUAGAGACCAAUCAGUUGGACAUUGAUGCUACGUUAGAGGAGCUAACAGUCCAACAGGAGACGGAAGAUCAGAACUAUGAUAUUUUCCUGGAAAUUAUUGAGUCUCGCGGCAAAGGCUACAACUCCCCUGGCCCUGCUAAUGGACAGAGCCCAUCCUCCGGCUCGCAGUCUCCCAUCGUUCCUCAGAGCGGAUGCUCCACCAGCAGCUCCAGCCCCUGUAGCCCCCAGCAGCCACCCAUUCCUUCCCAGGCCCCGAAGUCUCCGUCACCUUCUCCAUCCCCUCCUCCUCCCAUUAUUCCUUUAACCCAAGCGCCCGCUUGUUCUCCCUCCCCUUCUCCCGCUCACCCCGACCCUGCCGUAUGUGCUCUAGCGCAGGCUUCUGCUCCUCAACCCCAGAAACGCAGCUUCAUUUCCAGGCUCUUUGGCACAGCUUCUACACAGGAGCCUUCGGACGUCACCCAAGAGUCAGAAGCAGCAGCUUCAGCCGCUCCUCCUGCAGUUCAGAGCGUGGAUGAUUUUGUGCCAGAUGAGGGACUAGACAAAAGCUUCCUGGACGACAGUCUGCCUUCUAACCCGAGACACGCCAUGAACAAUCAGCCCUCUACAACAGGCAUUGGAGACAGUGACAGUGAUGGUGAAGGAAGAGAGGGUAACCCUAUGGUCGCUGGGUUCCAGGAUGAUUUGGACCCAGAUGAUGUAGAACCGGAGCCCAAAGGAUCUGUUACCAAUACAGACCUGGAUAUCACUCUCUCCAGUGAUGAGGAGGGUCCAAAACCUACCGUAGAACAGGAUGAAGAUUUGGAUCUUGAACCUCACAAACACUUGGACGCAUUGGAUUCAUUAUCACUGGAAGAUAAACCGCAAUCUGUAAACCCCUUGAUCCAGGACAACAGUCAGAACGUAGAGACUUCUAUGCUUAACCCUAUUCCAGUACACGCUACUCAACCACACCAAACACCAUCAGAAUCAGGAGGAACUGCAGAGCCCCGAGCACAGCACAUAAAAGAGAAGGAGAGGUCAGCUCAGGUUGAGUCCUCCGACACAGACCAAGAUGCACCGAUGGCCAAACAGAUGCUUUCUUUCAUCAUGGAUGACCCUGAUUUCGAGAGUGAGGAAGAAGUUGAGCAGAAAUUGACUAAGGUCUCUUUUCCAGUUAGAGAUGAUCUACCCAAUCUGUCUGAUGAUGAUAUCACCACGGCUAAAAACCCAGAGCCCCUGAAACCUACCGUGUUGUCCUUCAAAAGCAAGAAUGAUGAAGACCUCUUUGGCCUCGGUAUCGAGGAGAGGUCAAUCAAAAGUAGAGACAGCAGCGAGGAGCAAGAUGAAAAAGAAAGUAAACAUUCUAAAGAAAAGAAGAAAAAGAAAAAGAAGAGUAAAGAGGAGGAUGAUAAGAGCAGCAAGAAGAAACACAAACACAAGAAAAAAGAGAAAGAUGAGGCAGGAGGGACUGGAGAUGAAAAAGAGAAGAAAAAAAGAAAAUCACGAAGCAAGAAAACAGACGAUCUUGAAGCUUUUCUGACUGGUGAAGAAGGCACCACACAAAGAGAGGAGGGAGAAUACGAGGAACUGUAAUGCUCAACUGUACACACUUCUCUGGUAAUGAAAUAUUUGUGCAUCGGCACCACAAGCUUGUAAUAAAACACGAAAACAAGCAUUGUCGAAAACAACAAAUGCUUUAUUUGUCAGCCCAGCAUAUAACUGUGAUCUAAAUGACAGUUGGAUUCACUGUCAGAUUUCAAAAUGUUGCACACUGGUUUUCCAUUUGCCACAAACACUCCAACCUACGUACCUGGAGUGGGUUGGUGAGGGGCAGUCCGCACUCUUUGGGCUCAAUCUGCAAUAAGUGGAAAAGCCAUGCAAAACUGCUACAUGUUGCAUGCUAUAUAGCCUUUAUAUUUUUCAGAUAGAAAUGAAUUGUCACUUCAUCGUAACCUUACGUUUUCUUAAAGUUUACGUGGAACCCAUUUCAAAAGUAAACCACUACCACUCCAUAACAGUAGUUUUCACAGAUUUAAUGCUUUAUUAGUAUGUAUAGAUGUACUGAGAGAUUGCCAUUGUGUAGUUUUGCUGUGUAGUGUUUAAAAAUAUAUACUGUAUUUCAUGGUAGGAGUAAUGGUUUUCCCCAAAUAUAUUUGAGGAAUGUAAUGGUUCAGGCUUGCAGAUCUGGUAAAUAAUUGUUUGAAAUCUAGUUACUAUGUCAAAAACAGGAGUAGAUACGACAACAAAUAAAUUGGGCUUAAAAUCAGGAAAUGUCUUCGCUCAAAAUGCAACGCUGGACCAAUAAUCUAUUCUUGGAUAAAUGAAUGAAAAAUACAUGCAGUGUGGUUAUGCAAAAUUUAUCCUACCUUUACUUUUGUUUGUAGAAUUUGAAUUUUUGCACUCCAUCUGUUUUUGUCCUAUUAUGGUAAUUAUGAAUUACAACAAGAGUUAUUAGUUAAGAUUUGUCACUGCCAUUUUUUAAAAUAAUUUAAUAAUUUGUCAAUGAAAUUAUGUUUUGUUGAAAUUACAUUGUUCAAAACCUAAAUUCAGUGGCUGUAUUUUUAUAUUUUUGGUUGUAUUCCUGUGCUAUUACUGACAGUUAGCUUCUGCAAAGUCUUUGAUGCUGCCGAUGUUCGAAAUGAAAAAAAGAUUAAAUGGUUAUUAUGUGCUUUCAUAAAUCCACAUUGAGUUUUGUUACUGCAUGAGGUGCAUAUACUGUAGUAUGCUUUUAUUUAGACACAAAGCUUAUGUUUACAACUGAUGCGUAUUUCUUGACCUUCAAAAGCUUACACAGUCAAGAAUUCAAUUUUUGUUUAUGAAGUCUCACUUCCUUAAAGAUUUUAAAACGCUUCAAAGCAAAAGGGUUUUUUAAAAUCAAAAAUGUUU